GAAGGAGUAAAAUGCUUGCUCCAAGUACAUACCGCGCACACGGGCUUGGUUGUACACUAUUGUACAGGUUCAUCCGAAAAUGAGGACGGAGAUCUGACCAUCCGAUUCCAUAAACCCACUAUCCCAUAUCAUCCAUCAAUCGCAUCACAUGCACCAUAGCAUUUUCACAUAGCGUCACAUAACCAUAUCAGCCGGAGCCAAGACAAGACAAACCGACAUGCAUCUCCUGCAUCUCCGCCUGCCCUACCGGGCCCCGUCUCUCUACCCUCCCUACGCCCUAGCCUCACGCCUGCAAGACCACCUCCGCCGCUCCCUCCUCGACCUCAAGGACAACCGUCCGGGCUCGAAACCCUACACGCCAACGAUUAUCUCCUUCACCCCCUUGCCCACCUACACUUUAGGCCGGCGCCAAGCCAGUCCACUCACCGGUGAUGAAGCAACACGUCUAUCAGCUCCCGUGUAUUACCCAUCUUCACCCUUAGCUUCGCGGUCAUCCCCAUUAAUGUCAGCACCAUUACAACGAAUAGAUGGGGAACACGGAACAGUUAAGCUCCCAGUCUCAAUCCUUCACUCCCCCCGUGGCGGCCUAACCACCUACCACGGCCCAGGGCAGGUCGUCCUCUGGCCCAUCUUGGACUUGAUUUCGUCUCAACACAACAAGUACACAGUGCGGUGCUACACGCGUCUCCUAGAGAAAACGACCAUUUCCACUCUUUGGAAAUCGUUUGGUAUCCAGGCCUUCACGACGGACGAUCCGGGGGUUUGGGUUAGGAGUGGGGCUGCUUGGGCACCAUCGCCAGAGGAGACCGGGGAGGGGGAGAAGACGCAGGAGGAGAAGGGGGAGGAGGCAUGUGCGCUGGCUGGAACUGAGAAGUCUUCUGUAGGUGAAGAUGAGGGUCCGUUAGCCAAAGUCGCCGCCUUGGGCGUCCAUCUCCGCCGCCACGUCUCCGGUCUCGGUACGGCCAUCAACGUAGACAUGCCCGGCCCGGAAGUCACGAGGGAGGCACUCAAUCCGUGGGCGAGGUUUGUGGCAUGUGGCUUGGAGGGGAAGACGGUGACGAGUGUUAGGGGGGAGUUGGACAAGGCCAAGGGUAAUCCGCAGCCCACGCAAAAGUAUGAGGGGAUGUUGAACCCGCCUGCCGUGGCGGGCGCUUGGGCGGAGAACUUGGCGAGGAAUAUUGGGGUUGAGAAGGUGAAGACGGUGGGGGAAGAUGAGGUGGUGAGCUUAUUGGAGGAGUUGGUUAGUGGGAAGGCCGCACAAGAGGAGGUGGGAGAGGAGGAGAGGAAGUUUGUGAGGCUGAUUAGGGAGCAAUUGGAUCGGGAGGGAGACAUGGGGGGCGGGAGGGGAAUCUGA